UACGGCUCUCGAAACUAGACGCACAGCUGAGGCUAUUUAAAGGGCUCUUUCACUGUCAACAACAGCGUGCUAUUUCCUCAAACGCUGAGGAAGGAAACGCGGGCCAUCAUGGCGGGUGUCGGGGCGGGCGCCUCUGCGAACCCCACGUGCAAGAUUAUGACCUUUCACCCCACCAUGGAGGAGUUUCGAGAUUUUAAUAAGUACCUGGUGUACAUGGAGUCUCAGGGAGCGCACCGUGCCGGUCUGGCUAAGGUGAUACCACCGAAAUGCUGGAAGCCGAGACGUACCUACGAUGACAUCGAUGACCUGGUCAUCCUAGCACCCAUUCAGCAGAUGGUGGCCGGUCAGUCGGGGCUCUUCACUCAGUACAACAUACAGAAGAAGCCGCUCAGCGUGCAGGAGUUCCGCAGACUGGCCAAUAGUGACAAGUAUUGCACUCCCCGCUACCUGAAUUACGAGGACCUGGAGAGGAAGUACUGGAAGAACUUGACCUUUGUGCCGCCCAUAUACGGCGCGGACGUGAGCGGGACGCUUUACGACGAGGACAUUGAGGAAUGGAACAUCGGGCACCUGAACUCCAUCCUGGACGUGAUCGAGGAGGACUGCGGCGUCUCCAUCCAAGGAGUCAACACCCCUUACCUGUACUUCGGCAUGUGGAAGACCAGCUUCUCCUGGCACACUGAGGACAUGGACCUCUACAGCAUCAACUACCUGCAUUUCGGAGAACCCAAGUCCUGGUACGCCAUUCCUCCGGAGCAUGGGAAGCGACUGGAGCGAUUAGCCACAGGUUUUUUCCCGAACAGCUUUAAGAGUUGUGAAGCGUUUCUCAGACACAAGAUGACCCUCAUAUCGCCUUCGGUGCUGAAGAAAUACAGCAUCCCGUUUGAUAAGAUAACACAAGAAGCCGGAGAGUUCAUGAUCACGUUUCCGUAUGGCUACCACGCCGGCUUCAACCACGGCUUCAACUGUGCCGAGUCCACCAACUUCGCCAGUCUGCGCUGGAUCGACUACGGCAAACUCGCCACUCAGUGCACCUGCAGUAAGGACAUGGUGAAGAUCUCCAUGGACCCCUUCGUGAGACGUUUCCAACCAGAUCGUUAUCAGGCGUGGACGCAGGGCAAAGACUCCUGCUCCAUCGACCACACCCUGGCCACGCCCAGCUCCACGCCCGAGCUCCAGACAUGGCUCCAGAGACGCCGCAGAGCCAAAACCAACAAACGACCGAGCUAUCCUUGCACCCGCUCCAAACGACUGAAAACUGUGCAGCAGCAGCAAGUCGUCGUGGAAACCGCAGCUACUAGGAUAAGUGAACAGGGGGAGGAAGUGAAAGAGGAGGAAGAACACAAACCCCACAAUGCAUUGCGCCUCUCAGGACCGGCUAGUCUGUGCCAACAGGUUUGUUUCGUCAAGGUCACCCGAGUCAAGAGCAAUUUAUUGGUCCAGUCGUCUAAAAGAUUCCCGCCGCAAGCCCCGCCCCCUGAUCCGCAAGAAGCCUUCGACAAAACCGAACCUCUAACAUCAGCUGAUCAAGCUCCUGGUUCAGUUGUAGACGACACGCUGGACUCUGGGCAAACUUCUAAACGUUCCCGCGUUGCCAAAUCCUCAAGCAGCAAAUCCCCGUCUAAAAAAAAAAACCCUCGUCAAGGUGCAGGUCAUGAGGAAACUCCUUCAGCUGUAAAUCCCUCAGGUACAGCAGUCACUACUGAAUCCUGUGAACCCACCGAACAUUCAGGAGCUCCUUCGUCCGACAUGCCUUUCCUCACACCGGAGGUCACGGAGGAUCCCGAGGGUAGAAAAUCUCCAAAUCUGUCCUCUGAAAUGCCCUUCCUGACCCUCGCCAUCCAGUCCAGCGAUAAUAACACACUACUGAAUCCUAACCAAGCGGGAAAAUCCACUUCGCCUCAGAAAGCACAGUGUCCGGAUUGGUGCUUAAAUCCAUUCCAAGAAGACGUUGGCCGGUCGCACGGCUCUGAUCCAGAGACUAACGAGGAAAAGAAAGAUGGAGACAGACACCGAGACGGAUCUCUGUCCGUUAACCUGAUCUCGCAUCAACCCAAAACCAGUACUGAACUUUUUGCAUGUAGCUCAGCGAAGGAUUCCCUGUUAUCGGCUAACACUAACGCGCUUUCCGGUGAGACUCCUUCCACUUCUUACGACCCGAUCCCUCCGAGCAAGCCCUCGCCUCCUCUCGACGAAUCCGACUUCACGUCUUCUGCGCUACCAAACCUCUUUGAGGAAUCCUCUGCCAUCUGGAAGAACGUGAGCUACCAAAAUGCUGAAGUUUCCGAGCUAGUGCCUUACGCCAUGUGGGCGGAGCCUCUGUGCCAGCAGGUGAAGUGCCCCGAUCCUUCAGACUUUCCGGAGAAGAGCCUGACCUUCACAGAUCUGGAACCCAGCGUGGUUCAUCAUCCUGGUGCCGAGCAUCUCGGUUCUCCGGACAGGCCUCAGAGGUCAGACAGCAGCAGCGAGUCCAGUGAGGAGAGCUCCAUGAGCGAGUCGGAGUACGGAGAUUCGGGGGCGGAGCCGGGAGAAAUCCGCACUUACACCAUGCCAGCGGUGAAGAGAAAGACGGGCAAAAGUUGGCGCCACCCUUUGAGGAAACCGACAGCGAGGGCGGUGCCAAGUGCCGUGAAGCAGCAGGCCAACAGUGAUGAUGAGCCCAUGGAGGAGUGCAGCGCCGAGGAGGAACUGCAGGAGGCCGACGCCUGGGCCAGACCCCUGGUCCACCUCUGGCACAGCAGGAAGUCUCACUUCCUCACGGAGAGAGAGUACAACAGCACCGCGGCCAAGAUGGCACCGCACUGCGCCGUGUGCACGCUGUUCAUGCCUUACUAUCAGCCCGAAGAGACGAAAGACGAAAGCACGCUGGACGAGGUCACCGUGGCGAUCGGGGAGGCGACACCGAGGUCGCGACCUCUGAUUCCCGAAAUAUGCUUUGCCUACCGCGAGGGCUCGUGUCCCCCCAACACACUCCUGGAAGAAGAUGGAUCCAGUCCUCUGGUGGCUUGUAAACGCUGCUGUGUUCAGGUUCACGCCAGUUGCUAUGGCGUCGCCGCUCAGGAUGUCACCCAGGAGUGGAUGUGUGACCGCUGUUCCUGUGGAGAUCUAACUGCUGAAUGUUGUUUAUGUAACCUGAGGGGCGGGGCCUUGAAACGAACAACAGAUGACCGGUGGGCGCACGUGAUGUGUGCUGUGGGUCUUCCUGAGGUCAAAUUCACUGACAUAGUGAAGAGGAGCCCCAUCGACAUCAGUGCUAUCCCUGCACAGAGAUACAAACUGAAGUGUAUAUAUUGCCAUAAACGGAUGAAGAAGUUAGCGGGGGCGUGUAUCCAGUGCUCCUGCGGCCGCUGUCCCACCUCCUUCCACGUCACGUGCGCUCACGCCGCCGGCGUCACCAUGGAGCCUGACGACUGGCCUUACGUGGUGUUCAUCAUCUGCCACAGGCACCAAUCACGGAGCUCCAACACUAAGUCGAAGGUCAGCCGGACAGAGCUGGCUGUGGGCCAAACUGUGAUCGCCAAGCACAAGAACCUGCGCUACUACAGCUGUCGCAUUGGCAGCGUCACGGCACAGACCUUCUACGAGGUCAUGUUCGACGACGGAUCCUUCAGCAACGACACCUUCCCUGAAGAUAUCGUGAGCAGAGACUGUGUUCAGCUCGGGCCUCCGGAGGUCGGCGAGGUCGUGCAGGUCAAGUGGCCUGAUGGGCUUUUUUAUGGGGCUAAAUACCUGGGCUCUAACACUACAUACAUGUAUCAGGUGGAGUUUGAGGACGGUUCUCAGGUGCUGGCUAAGAGAGAGGACAUUUACACUCUGGAUGAGGACCUGCCCAAAAAGGUCAAAGGUCGUCUGUCCACAGCCUCCAGCAUGCGUUUCGAGGACGCUUUCUUCACCACGCAGGGCGAGCGUAAGAGGCAGCGCACGCCCAACUCCCGCUUCCAGAAGGACUACGUGGCCGACCCGAGUCCUCGGACCUCUGGCUGCAGCAAGACUAAUUGAGAGACGAGGGAAAAGAAAGAAAGAAUAGGGACAGCGGAAGAGAGCGAAAGGUGGAAAAGAAAGGGUGAAAAGGUAGCUGACAAACUGUGAUUGAAGUUUUUUUGCUUUUUUUCCUCCAUCUUUCAGUCAGAGUUUGUUGAGGUUCUGGAGGAAAGUUCUCCAAGAUGCAAGAUAUUUUCCUCGAGGCAUCAAAAUACGGAAAUGAUACUGUUUUUCUCCUGUUUAUGGUCUCUCUCCCUCUCCCCUCCCUGGUGUCCGUUUUUUUUUUGCACCUUAGACGAUUUUUUAUUUUCCAGACGUUUUGCUUGGCUUUGCACGUCGCUCCUGUAAAUGGGCUUGGGCGCUCCCUUCCCUCGUUAACGCUACGCUUCACCACGUGCUGAUCGUAUUCUUUUACCACAAAACCUUGCUACUGAUCGCCUCCGAUGCACAUUUACCCUUUUUACCUUCUGAGUUUUAUCUUAUCUUAUUUAUUUUGGAAUCUCAUCUUAUUUUUAGUGGUGCUCCAAAUCUGUAAAGAAAAAAAUCAACCAUAUCUGUCUGGAAGGCUGAGUUAAUAAUAUUUGAAUAAACAUACAUGUGAAUAUCCA